AUGCCACAAUUACUUGGUCAAAUAAUAUUUCUAAAAGUACGUCGUGUAGUUCAACUUGCCAUUUGUUUAUUAUUUCUUAUUAUUAUUUUAACAUAUUACUUACGAUGGUCAUCAACAUCAAACAAUCGAAUACAUUUCUAUGAAAAUGCAAUUGAUAAUCCAUUUUUACCACAAGAUGCAUUUUAUAAUCGAAAAUCUAAUGAUAUAGUACAAGAACAAUUAAAUUAUGGUCGACCAGAUUUAGCGAAAUAUAUUCAUCUAGAUUUAAAAGGUGCACCACCAAAAGCAAAUAAAUUUUAUGAAUCAUUUUUUAAUUUUCUGGAAAAAUUACAAAUGGGAAUAAAAGGUGUUCUAAUUGAAUAUGAAGAUACACUUCCAUUGCAAGGUAACCUUGUGAAUAUUUCGCAUCAUGGCGCUUAUACAAAAUCGGAUAUUGCACUAAUACAAGAAGCUGCAAAAAAGCAUGGAAUUGAAAUUAUUCCACUUAUUCAAACGUUUGGUCAUUUAGAAUGGAUACUUAAAUUAGACAGAUUUAAAUCAUAUCGUGAUGAUUUAAAUUUACCAAUGGUUAUAUCACCAUAUCUUUUACAACAAACACUUGUUAUGCAUCUUGAUAGUAAUAUAAUUCAUAUUGGUUGUGAUGAAGUUAUUUUAAAAUAUUCUAAUCCUGCAUGUCCUGAAACAGAUAUGAGCAUAUCUGAAAUAUAUAUUAAUCAUAUUCGACGUAUUGUUAAUAUUGUCCGUAAAAUUCGACCUGGAAUUCGUGUACUUGUUUGGGAUGAUAUUCUUCGAAUUGAUCAGUUUGUUAACAAUCGCAAAUUGCUUAAUCAACUAAAAGGUCUUGUUGAACCUGUUUCAUGGAACUAUUUUCCAACAUUUAAUAAUCAAUAUAAGUCUUCACGUGCAUGGCAAACCUAUCCCAAAUUCUUUAUAAAUAAUUGGAUUGCAAGUGCAUUUAAAGGUGGUCUUCAUCGUUUUUCAAUGAUAACAAAUACAACACAUCAUGUGUUAAAUAAUCGUGAAUGGCUUCAUUUUAUAGCAUCAUCAGAUUUUCGAAAAGAUUCUUUUUCAGCUAUUAUACUUACUGGUUGGUCAAGAUUUGAUCAUUUUAUGCCAUUAUGUGAUUUAUUACCAACAGCUUAUCCAUCUCUUAUAUAUAGUUUAUAUAUUUUAAAUACAGAUAAAUUUCUUGUUGAUGAUUCUAUUCAUAAUUGUGAAGAUUUAUUAAGAUCAAUUCAUAGAGAUUCACAAUUAUGUGAAUCAUUACCAGGUCUUUCUAUUUGGUCAGGUAUUUCAUCUUUAUCUAUACAUCUUCGAAGAAUUCAAAAUCGUUUAAAAAUUUUGAAUACAAUUGCACCAGAAUAUAAUCGAAAAUAUUUAUUUGUACGUCGUCAUGAACUUCAUUCACGUUUAUCUGAAUUAAGAUUUUUAGAAAAAGAAUUAUUAUCAGUUAAAAAAACAUUACAUCGUCGUUUAACGGAACUUUAUACAGAAGAUGUUAUUGAUGAAUGGUUUGGUCUUUAUUUAAUGCCUACAGUAAAUGAAAUCGAUAAAACAUUCGUUGAAUUUUCACCUGUAGACAAUAAAACAUCAUGGGAACGGCGACCAUUGAUCUAG